AUGUCCAACGAAGGGCUCAAUGCCAUCCCAUCCAGGCUCACGAAGUUCGAAUUUCUCUACUGCCGAUCUAUCAAACAACGAUGCAUCACUAUUAGGACCCUGCAGGAGGAAAUAAAAGCUUCGCAAAUUCGGCCAUACUAUACGUGCCAAUAUCUCGCGGCUCCCGAUCCCAUACUCGCAUUUGAAGUGGAUAAAGAUCGCACCGAGCCAUAUAUGUCGAAAUUUAAGAUCAGAAACCUUAUGAAAAGCUCCAACGAUUCGAAUACUCGAUAUUGGGAAAUUGUCCGCUCUGAAGAGUUAAUGGGGAUAUUUGAAACGGCGGUAUCGUUCAAUUCCGAGCCGAGACAAGUCGUCACCACGACUUGGGAUCGCCGUGGGCCCCACUGCAUUCGAAGCAACGACCUCAGGCCGUCACGUCUCAGACGCGCAUACAACAGUAUGGUACGAAUUGCCAAUGAGUCAUACAGCUCAAAACCAAGUCCCGGCCACCGAACGCUCCAGAAAAAAGUACGAAACUAUAAAUCAUUUCCUGUUGCUGUCGUAAAAAAGGAAGGGCCUUCUGACAACGAUAUCAUCUUCCCUCUUUCGCGCUCCCCCUUGUCGAAACUGGAUGAUAUAUAUGGUUGGAGACACCCUGCUGAACUCGACUAUCUCGACACCGUUGAUUGGUCGAAAGCUGACAUCAUCAAAUUCCUCGUCACGCAUUGCUUCUCCGUUCCGGGUGGACCGCCCCACCGAGGCCGGUGGACUACCGUCACAUUGGGAGACGGAUCAACGACGGACAUCCCUACUCCAUACCGUAUCCCUCUCAUGUUCGCUGCCGACUUUCAAUGGACAUCUCUCCAGCUGGUUCUCUCUGUUGACGCAAAGUUUCAGAAGAAGGAAUGGGAUGAGUUGAAAGGAGGGAUACUUCAUGUUGCGCGGCUGUGCGAUGCCAUGCUGAGAGCAGCUCGGAGAGCCAUGGGUGUGGGAAUGAAGCAUACAUGGCGAUGCAAGACGUUCGACAGGGCGCUCGUGAGAUAUCAUCUGGGUUGGCUUCUUUCUGAUCCAGGGAAUGUUGAGGAGUUUUGGGAUUCGUACGGAAAAGAAGAGUAUGAGAAGGAUCCCGUUAAGCUUGACUGGAAGAGAUGGGUUUUGAAGGGGUAUAAAGGAUUUAAGCUCCACGAGGGGCAGAUAGAGGGCGGUAUCACGCUAUACCACUGGACGCGUGGUUUGAAGGAACAUCAGGGCGAUUGGGUAUGGGAUCCGGCCGAUGAGCUUCCAUCAUCUCACUCUGCCCUGAAGUAUCUUGAACUUUGGAACAAAACAGGGAUUUGGGGGAAAGACUUUGAAACAGCGGCAUCAACAGAUUUGAGCUCAUCAUCCCGCCUGCCAAUCUGUCCUUCGCUUCAAGGAACAGGAACAGCAGAUCUCCCUGCUCGAGAUGGAAGUUCAGAACUUGAAGCAGGGGACUUUGAAUAUUACAUUCCCAUCGUGUCCCUCUCCUCUCCGGAAAACAUUCGUACCUGCGCGAAAUUUCCCUGA